CGCCCGCAGCCCGCCCGCCGCCUCCCGCGCAGCUAGUUUUAGAGACCUGUAAGUUUUCAGUGCUUCCAAGGUGGUGUGAUCCGGGGAAAGGUGUGGCCACUGCUCUUCUGAUCUGCUUUCUGGUCCUUACCCAGAAUGUGGUACCACAGGCUAUCCCAGAUAUACUGCAGCAUUCAGCACCAGUUGAAGGGAGGAGUCAGACACUCGGCCCUUCAGUUUCCCUGCUUCCAAAACAGACUUCUAGCAGCUCACCGAUGGCAGCACACAGCCCUGGGGCCUCUGAACUGUGUCUGGCAGCAGCAUGAGGAUCAUUUGGAACUACGCUAUGCUGGCACGGUGAUGAGAUUUGAUUAUGUUUGGCUCAGAGAUCACUGCCGCUCAGCAUCUUGCUACAACUCCAAGACCAAUCAGCGCAGCUUGGAUACUGCUAGUGUGGACUUGGGCAUCAAGCCUCAGACCAUCCGUAUGAAUGAGACCAUGCUCUUUCUCACAUGGCCAGAUGGUCAUGUGACCAGGUAUAGUUUGGAGUGGCUGCUGAAGAAUAGCUAUGAAGGGCAGAAGCAGACCAUCCAGCCUAGAAUUUUGUGGAAUGCAGAGAUCUACCGGCAGGCCCAGGUGCUGCCUGUUGACUUCCAGAGCUUUUUGGAGACCAAGGAUGGCCUGAAGGAGUUUCUGCAAAACUUCCUGCUCUAUGGAAUUGCAUUUGUAGAGAAUGUCCCUCCAACUCGAGAGGAUACAGAAAAGUUGGCGGGCAGAAUCAGUUUGAUCAGAGAAACCAUCUACGGUAGAAUGUGGAAUUUUACUUCGGAUUUCUCCAGGGGAGACACGGCAUACACCAAGCUAGCCCUGGAUCGCCACACAGACACCACCUAUUUCCAAGAGCCCUGUGGCAUUCAGGUAUUUCACUGUCUCAGACAUGAAGGGACUGGUGGUAGGACCCUGCUCGUGGAUGGAUUCUAUGCAGCAGAAAAGGUCCUGCAGAGGGCUCCUGCAGACUUUGACCUCCUCAGCAAGGUGCCACUGAAACAUGAGUAUAUUGAAAAUGUGGGCGAAUGUCACAACCACAUGAUUGGGGUUGGGCCAGUCUUGAAUAUCUACCCAUGGAACAAAGAGCUCUACUUGAUUAGGUACAACAAUUAUGACCGUGCUGUCAUUAACACUGUGCCUUAUGAUGUUGUCCACCGUUGGUACGCAGCACACCGGACACUCACUACAGAGCUGAGGAGGCCAGAGAAUGAGUUAUGGAUCAAACUGAAACCAGGCAAGGUGCUAUUUAUAGACAACUGGCGUGUUCUACAUGGCCGGGAAUCAUUCACGGGCUAUCGCCAGCUAUGUGGCUGUUACCUGACAAGAGAUGAUGUGUUAAGCACAGCCCGCUUCCUUGGACUUCAAGCUUAAAACUUCAUCCAUGGAAAUGAAGUCUGACAGCCACUGAGCAUGCUGAUAUACCAGAAAGAAUUGUUUAUCCUAAAGAGCAGGAAAUCUUGUAUCAGUCUUUAGAUUGGCCUCCUAGAGCACCCCACAGCAUUUAAGCAUUCUCUUGCUACUGACAUGAAGACAUACAUAAGAGAGGGUCUAGUAGGCUCCAAAGUCCCCCAUCCAAUGGCAAAGCAUUUCCCAUUCUCUUCCAUAGAGCAGGCAUUUUUUUUUUAGUUCUUGGGCCUUUUGGUGUAAUCCAGAUCAGCUCACUCCCAUGCUAUCCCCAUAAUAAAUCCCUUUGUAUCUGAAUCCCUUAAAACAGGCCUGGAAGAGACUUCAUCAUUUAAUCCAACCCCUUCAUUUUAGAAAUUAGGAAAACUGAGGCCCUGAGAAAUUGAAUGACUGAUUCCAAGGUCCUAUAGCUAAUUUACAUCAGAGUCAGGACCCAAACCCAGGUCUCCUUACUCCCCUGUCAAGGUCAGAGGAAGUCUCAGGAGGUCUCUACCAUCCAUCCUUUGUUUCCUGGCAAGGUCAGUGAUCAGAGGUAGAAUCAGGGAAUCUCAAGUUUAAAUGUAAAUGGGACCUCAGAGAUAGUCCAAUUCCCACAUUUAAUAUACGGGAAGUGAUUUACCCAAACUCACACAGGUGACUGGGCUUGGAUUUAAACCAAAGUCCCCUGACUUCAAAGAUCAUAUAGCUUUUGGGUUGGCAGAGCCAGUAUGUCUUCUGAUUCCAAAUCCAGUCCUCUCUUCUUCAUUGACAUCAGAAUCAUAGGAUUCAGAACAGGAAGGGUCCUUAAAAAUCAUCCAGUGCAAGCCCCUCAUUUGACAGAUGAGGAAACUGAGGCAUAGAGAGGUCCAAAAUUAUGCAGGCAGUAAGGAACACAGUUGGGAUGCAAGAACCUUGAAUACCAAAGACCUUGCUUGCACUUCAGAAUGAAACAUCUUUAAGUUAUAGCUUAGUUAGCAGAACAUGGUUAUUUUCUGCAGUAUCCAUCAUUUCAUAAUUUAGUUACUAGAAAGCAUUGAAUGCCUUCCAUUUCAGAAUUCUCAUACUUUGGCUCUGAUAUUUUCAUUCCUGGCUAUGGUGGUUUCCCAGAACUUAAUACUAUGGUUGUAGUUCUCAGCCCCAUAAAUCUCCCUUGGGACUUGGGGGGAAUCACAGGAUGGCAGAGAUAGAAGUGACCUUAGGGACCAUCUGAUAAGACCCCCUAAUCUUAGAGAUGAGGAAACUGUGACCCAGGGAGGAAAAAAGACAGGCUCAUGGGCUCAUGGAUUUAGAGCAAAGGUCCUCAGAGGCCACCAAGGCCAGGUCUGUCACUGGACAGAAGCCCACAGAGCUAAAAUGACUUUGCCCCAGGCCACACAGUAAGUGGCAGAACUCAGAUUUGAACCCAGGCCCUGUGACCCCAGAUUUAGUGCACAGUUUAUGUCAAAUUUUGAAGAGAUUUUAGAAAUAGGCCAACCGCCUAAAUUUUACAUGGAAGGACCUGAUGCCAAGACGGGGAAAGGGAUUUGCCUGGCAAACCUCUCAGCAAAUAGUAACGAAGGAUGAUUUCUUUACCAAAGUACCUGUGUUGUUCUGGUUGUGCAAUUUGCUGUACAGGGAGACAAUAUCUGGCCUGGCCAGUGAGUGCCAGAGCUACCAUUUCUGUUGGGCUUCCAGGUUUGCAGAGCACUUUAAUUUGGCUCAUUUCUGCCUCCCAAUAACCCUAGGAGGUAGAUAUUACAGGCCUUAUGAGGGGCCCUAAGAAACCACGUACAGGACAACCCAGACAUAUGAGUUGAGAAACCACAGAGUGGAAGACGGGGUGUGUGUGUGUGUGUGUGUGUGUGUGUGUGUGUGUGUGUGUGUGUGUGUGUCUUUGUCUUUGAAAGGCAGAAAAGGUGGGGAAGCUUGUAUGGAUUCAAGGGAAGGAAAGGGAAUAGAAUAAGCAUUUUUUUUUUGGUGAGGCAAUUGGGGUUAAGUGACUUGCCC